UUCACCGAUUUGUAUCUAAUUCUUUCAGCUUCCUUCUCCUUCUCGCCUUCUUCUCAGUUUCCUCUCUCGAGAAAGAUCCUUCGUUUCACUCUCACGAUCUUUGUUUAGGUGUUUACGUGAUGUCUUCUGAGGCGGGCUUUGCAGAGUUUUCGGCUUUGUUCGAGAGGAUGAUCCCACGAGGCGAAGGUCUCUCUCGAUUCUUACCUCUGAUCUUAGCUCUAGCCGGCGAAGCCGACGAGGAUACCGAUCAGACGACCGGACACAGAGAGAUCGUCAUCGAUCAGGUGAACAGAAGAGUGGUGAUGUACAGAUCGGCUUUGGGGGAGUUCUUGAACGGCGACUUUUCAGAGAAACAAGGGAGGUCGCCGGCGUCGAAAUCGUCGGUGGAGAACUUGCCACGUGUCGUGAUCGGGAAAGAUGAGGAGAAAAGAGGCUCGUGUCCGAUCUGCCUCGACGAGUGGUCGGAAGGUGACGUGGCGGCGGAGAUGCCGUGUAAGCACAGGUUCCACUCGAAGUGCGUGGAGGAGUGGCUGGGGAGACACGCCACGUGUCCGCUAUGUAGGUACGAGAUGCCUGUUGAAGAAGUGGAGGAAGAGAAGAAAGUAGGGGUUUGAAUUGGGUUCUCUGUUGGCGCCGGCGAAAGGAGAAACGGAGAAGAAGACGGAGGAGGCUUAGGUUUCAGUUUUAGAAAGGAACUUGUGUAUAUUCUUUUGGUUUUUUUUUUCCUAUGUCGUUUCCAAUUUCAAUAAAAGAUUGGUUGAUGAACUUGAAUACCA